AAUCCUUGUGUCGCGCCCAAGGGCUCAAGUUAAAAUCGAUAGACUAUACUAUGUUAGGAAUUAGGCCAGUUAACCGGGGGAUUAGACAAAUUAACUAAUUCCAUUAUGGAACUGGUCUCGGGCCGAGAAUUCAAGCCAACAAUGAGUAUCGUCUGAGCUCAAAUAAGCCUUGGAGGGUACUUAAAUACUUCGGUCAUCGGCUCCCAAACCGAGACAGAAUCAACUUAUUCACUGCCUGAAGACUAACCAUAUUUACCAUGAAAGGAAUAACAAUAGUGAAGUGUUUCCUUUCAUGAAAUAAUAACUAAUUGUUCUUGCUGAAUUAUAAUUAAAGAGCGAGGAUUAUUUAAUUUAACCGAUGAAAACAGAGAGGAAAGCCACGCCAUCUGGCGAGAGAAAUUAAAAAUAUCGCUUCAGACCCACGUGGUUGGUUUUCUCUCACUCCACCACCGGCCUUCACAAAGUAAAGACCAAGGCACUGCAGCCCACCCAUUAACUCGGACGCAGUGUGCCUUCUAUUACCUGACUCGAGGGAUACUACACCCGGCAACGAGACUUCAGAGACAACAAUAUCUUUUGAAACCCGCUUCUCAGCUAAGUGCCCCCAGCAGUUAUUUGAGACAUAGAGUUUUACUACACGGAUCCGGUAGGAUUAUCAUUUGUUCGGCUGUCUGGAGGUGCUUGUUGGAUACCUUCACCACCUAAUAGCUGGUAAGCACUUGUUUCUUUGGGAUUGUCUGACGGGUGUGUUAUUCACUUUGCGAGUGACCUAACUGUUGGGUAGGGUAAAUUUACUGAUUCCCAACAACUACUACUAAUGCUAUAACUUCUACUACUAAUACUGGGGGCUUCGUGGUACAGUGGUUAGCACACUCGGCUCACAACCGAGAGAGCCUGGGUUCGAUUCCCGGGCAGAGUGGAAAUUUUGGGGCGGCUUUUCCGAUACCCUACGCACCUGUCCGCCCAGCAGUGAAUGGGUACCAGGUAUUAAUCGGGGGCUGUGUCCCGUCUCCUGGGAUCUGUUCCCUUCUCCUAUAAUUCCUUCCCCUCCUGUCUCUCUCCGGCAUAUGACCACAGAUGUUGCGCCGACUAAACGAAACAUCCCAAUACUACUAAUACUGCUACUUCUACAACUACUACAGCCACUCCCACAGGCACAUAGACGCUGUGGACCCGUCGGAGGGCAUGAUGAAGCAGCGGGAGACUGGCAUCUAUACCAACGACUUCCUGGAGUUUAUCGGCAGCGGACACUCCACCGUGCCCAAAGACACAUACGACCUGGUGGUCAUCUCGGGCGGUAUGGGCGAAGGUCAUAUCCCACUCAGUGGCCUCGACGACCUGGUGCGCGUCGCAAAGAACGGAGGCUUCGUGAUCAUCGUGAUGCGCCAUGAGUUCCUACAGACCAUGCCUUCAUACAAGGACAAGCUGGAGCCUUACAUAGACCAGCUGGAGGCGGACGGGAAGUGGAAGAAGGUGGAGCGGCGCAUCGUCCCAAACUAUUUCUGUGACAAGGAGGGUCUCGUCUUCGUCUUCCGCAUCACUAAGCCUGAGUGAGGAGGAAGAGGAGGGAAGGGAAAGGAGAGAGAUGAGGAGGAGGAGUUAUAGUUGUGGUGUGCCAAGGCUGUCUCUGUGUAACAGCCUUGGCUUUAGUCGCGGCACCCGAGACUGAGGUGUGAAUUAUCGUGCUCUGUCAACCUGGUAUCAUGGCUUCUACGAUGUUAUAUGAUAGUCUACGCAUAGGGGACAUUUGUCAGUAUUAAUAAUAUUAUUGAAAUUGUCGUAAAAAUCUGUUUUAGUUUAUAAGACUGAGGCUGCAGAAUCCUUAACCUCAGACCUUGCUAUCAUCUCCGAUUGGGAUAAAAGGAACCUUGUGUCCUUCAAUGCCUCAAAAACCCAAUUUCUCCACCUAUCAACUCGACACAAUCUUCCAAACACCUAUCCCCUAUUCUUCAACUACACUCAGCUGUCACCUUAUAAUUCUUCAGAACUAAAUAUCCUCGGUCUAUCCUUAACUCAAAAUCUUAACUGGACACGUCACACUCUUCUUUCACUAAAUCAGCUUCCUCGAGGUUGGGCGUUCUGUAUCGUCUCCUCCAGUUCUUCUCCCCCGCACAGUUGCUCUACAUAUACAGGGGCCUUGUCUGCCCUCGUAUGGAGUAUGCAUCGCACGUAUGUGGGCGGCUCCACUCACACAGCUCUUCUCUAUCUUUCGGCCACUCCUCUGUUGUAAAAAAAAAUAAAAAAAUAAAUAAGGUCGCUGAUUAUGUAGCUGUAUGUGUGUGUGCAUGUGUAAUGGCAAUUUCCCAGAGCACGAUAACGAAGACCUCAGACUCAUGUGCUGCGACUAUACUAUACGUUUAGGAAUGCUUGGUCUGGGUCUUGGGGUCUUGAUGAUGUA